ACCCCAAGUCUUUAUUUUCUGGGCCCCAACAACAAAUUGUCAAUCUUCACUUUCAGUCGUGAAAAUUACGCUAUUUAAGAAAAUAAUAAAGUGAUAAGAAGUUAUAAACGAAAACAGUGGCAGAUAAGUGACUUUAAAGCGGUCAUUUCGAUGACCGUCGUCACAAAGACAUCAAAUCGAGUCGUCCCAUCGAAUCAUUAUAAAAAUUAUAUAUAAAUCAAAUUAACAAAAUUAUGGUAACGAGACUAAAAGUCCGUCUAACAGAUAUGGGAUGUGUAGAAAGUGAUGAUGACGAAUUUAAUCCGGCCGUGUGUAGUGGCCGUGGUGAAUGUGGACCAAAUAAUUCAUGCAUUUGUGAAAUCAGAUACACUGGAGAUUAUUGCGUAGACUACAACAAAAGUUACCAUGCAGGAGUGUCGUCGCUCUUCUACGUUGUAGCAUUUAUUUCCCUUGUUCAGCUACUCAUUUGUUGUUUCGCUGAAUAUCGAAGAUUAAAAAAUCCAUCUUUCUUGAAAGCAUGUCGAAUUACAACACAAAAAAUGUUGUAUUUCGUCGUAUUAUUGGCUUCACUUUUAAGAGCCGCGUAUUUUACACAACCGGAAUCCAACCAGCCAUCAUGGGCUUAUUAUCUAAUGUCAGCUUAUUAUCCUUUACUAAUGACAUGUGCAUCACUCGUAGUCUGCUUUUGGGCAGAGACUUUUCACCUUCGGGAUAUUCGAUGGGAACGACAGUUUUUGUCAAAAAGCUUUCUCGGGUUUUUAGCAUUCAACCUUCUUCCAUAUAGUCUCUUCGGAGCAGAGAUUUUGUCAGCAAAAUUUUUCAGCAAUAAAAAUGUUUUACAUUCAUUCUUCAAUGGAUGUUACGCUGUCCUGCUUCUCGUCGUUGUCGUAUUUUUCCUUAUUUAUGGUGUCGAAGUAUUCUUUAAAAUACGCGGCGGCUUCGUCUACGACUUCGGUGUUGGACCAUCGAGUGGCGUUGAGAAUGUCAACGUUAAUAUAUCACAAGUUCAUCAAUCACGAAUUGGAUUGUUAAGUCAAGCGGUGAUGUUAAUUGUCAUUGUUGGAUUUCUCACGAGUGAAACACUCGGUGAUUUCUGGAAACAGAAAGUCCCAGUCAAUUCAAGAAACUGGUAUGACAUUGGAUUCCGUGUCGUUGAAGUUGGAGUCUUCAUUUGGUUCCUAGCAUGCUUAUGGAACUCAUUCUCACCUGAACAAUUGUGGAUUCUCAAUCCACGAAAACUUCUCACCCGCCAAAUUGAACCUGUUGCAUCAACAUCAAAAACUUCCGACGAAAAUCAAACAUUACUUGUUUGCUGGGUUUGCUAUGAUCAAGAUAAACAGGAACCAUUAAUUCAGCCAUGCAGAUGCACUGGCGAUGUAAGUUCAGUCCAUCACGAAUGUCUGCGACGUUGGCUUGUUGAAAGUUAUCGUGAAGAAGAAACUACAGAAUUAAAAUGUCGCGUUUGUUCAACGCCAUAUGAGAUUAGACGAACCAGCAAACUUUACUGGGAAAAAGGCUUUGACAUUCAUCAUUGGACAAAGACUAUCAUUCUCGUUAGUCUAAUGUGCAUCACAGGUGUUCUUGCUUGGGUCAUAAUUCAACUUUAUGCUGAUCCAUUUAUUCGGGUACUGACAGCGGGAUUUGCUGUCAUUAUCGGCUAUGUUUGUGUGAAACUUUUAGGUAAGAACACAGUCACCGCUUAUCAACGUGCCAAAGUAAGCUCAAUUGAUAUUGUAUCGAACAAUGAUUUGAGAGUGUCAAGGAACUUGAUUCAAGCGAGACUCAACAGCAUUAGCGAAGAUAUUGAGGUUGAUCGACGUUGAACAUUUCUUGUUCUAGUGUGAUGUCUUUCCAGAUUUUUUAAUUUGCUUUUUCUCAUUAACCAUUAAUCUUCAUUCAAUUAAUCAAUUGAUUUAGGUAAUAAGAAAAGUGAAGAGUCACACACAAAAAAAGUUGUUAAUUCAGGAAACUUACUGCUUCAUCUUGUAAUGAAGCGACUGGUCGAUAAAUAUACGACCGUUGCGUGCGAAUUGUUAGAAUUGUAAGAAAACACAUAAUUAAGUUUACAUGUAAGUUGGAACUUUUUUUCUUUGAUUUGUUUCCUUUUUUUGUGUUCCAUGUUCGACUAUUCAAAGAACUUUUUGCUCCAAUGAUAUUUUCCUUAAUCUUUAGCGUAAACUAUAACCAACAACCAGACAAAAAAAUAUUGUACUAAGUAUUUGUAUUUCUUUUUUAUAUAUAAAGUUUACACAUAGUGCGAAAGCACCCGAUGAUGAUAAUCUUUAGUCAUAAAGCAGAUGCUUGCUUGUUUAACUUUAUUUUUUUCUUUCAAUAAACGAGACUAAGAAGAAGAUUGAAGGAGUUGAAUUCUGCUCAAUUAAUCUUUUACUGCGAUACAAAAUAAAUAAUCUUCUGAUGGUUUGACCUUAAAUAUGUUUGUCAAGAAUAUUUUUUAUUAGUGGUGAGAGUUUUGUUUGCGUGCGUAAAUUAUUUUUGUACCUGCUGUUGUUUUAUUUGAAUAAUACGAAAGAAGAUGAGAUGACAUACAUUUGUGUUGUCAUUGAAAUGAAAAAGAAAUAAAAGACGGUCUCUUGAUAUAAGCCAAAAAAAUUAAGAAAACAAUAAUCAAUUAAUUAAAGAAAAAUAUUUUUAACAUUAUUUAAGAUUUUAGAUUGUUUUGCAUAAAUAUUUUUACAGCAUAAACAUUUAAAUUUUUUUCUAUUCAAAUUUUUCCAAGAUUGAUUGAGGUGUGAACGCUAAAUGAAUGAUAUGAGAAUAAAAUUAAUGAGAUUAUGAUAAGAUUAAAGAAAGAGAAGAGCAGAAAAUUGUAAAAAUUUGCGAUUCAAAUGAAGCUCUUUAUAUAUGAGUUACUUAAUUUUACUUCAAUUUCUCGAAUACUCGUAAAAAGGCUUUUUCUGAAACAUAAAAAAGCCGUUUUUAUUUUGUCUUAAUUUCCUUUUCUGAAUAAUAAUUCAUUGAUGUUAAUUAAAUAAAAUAAUCAAGUAAAAUUGAAAAGUCA